AUGUCGCCCACGCUUCCUUACAUCACUUUGGCUUCCUUACGUCACCUACGCUUCCUUACGUCACUUUGGCUUCCUUACGUCGCCCACGCUUCCUUACGUCACUCGCGUAACCUUUCGUCGCACACGCUCCCGUUCGUCUCUUGCUUCCAUUCGCCGCCCUCCCUUCCGCCCGUCGCCUUCCAUCCGCUCGUCGCCCACCCUUUUGCCUGUCGCCCUUCCUUCCGCCUGUCGCCCUCCCUUCCGCCCGUCGCCCUCCCUUCCGCGCGUCGCCCUCCUUUCCGCGCGUCGCCCUCUCAUCCGCCCGUCGCCCUCCGUUACGCCCGUCGCCCUCCCUUCCGCCCGUCGCCCUCCCUUCCGCGCGUCGCCCUCCCAUCCGCCCGUCGCCCUCCCUUCCGCCCGUCGCCCUCCCUUCUGCCCGUCGCCCUCCCUUCCGCCCGUCGCCCUCCCUUCCGCCUGUCGCCCUCCCUUUCGCCCGUUGCCCUCACUUCCGCCCGUCGCCCUCCCUUCCGCCCUGCCAUCCACGCCGCGUCGCCCUCGCCAUCCCUCCCGUCUCCCUUCCCAUCGCGCACACUUUUGCAAUAA